ACUGCAAAUAGUAAUGUAAUAACUAAUAAGGCUUCUGUCCAGUCUAUCUUGUAGCAGUGGAGGUCUACGAAUUCUACGAUAUAAUUAUUGUGCUUUAUAUCAUAUGGUAUUUUUUUAGACAAAUAAAGCAAAAUCCCCUCCAAAAAAUAAACGGUCUGCUGAAGAUGAAAAGACAGUGGCACAAAACAAAGGAAAAAGAGAGGGUUCGUACAAGUUUUGGUAAACCAAAUACGCUGUCAUAAAAGGAAAUUCACAACACAUGGCAAAAUGCAUGUUGUGGGAGUGUCAGGUUUCAAAUGGCCAUAAUGGCGAAGGUGACAUUUUAAGGCAUAAUAAAACCAUCAAACAUCUUAGAAAUAUUCAAAAAAACCGCAAACUCACAAACACUCAAAACUAUUUUUUCAGCAAGCAGAAAGUUCAAAGUAACUUACAAAUUGCUGAAUGCGGAUUUAUUUAUCAUUCAGUGCAACAAUCACACAGUUAUUUGUCAGUAGACUGCUUGGUAAAAAUACUCUCAAAACUUCUCCCUGAUUCACAGACGGCUCAAGGAAUCACACUCGAUAGAACAAAAGAGACAAAAAUUGUCACUAAUGUAUUGGCUCCCUAUACACAGAGUAAAAUAUUAGAAGAUUUGCAAAUUCAUCACCCAUUCUCAAUAUCAAGUGAUGCAUCUAAUCAUGGGAACAUAAAAACAUUUCCUCUGGUACUAAGAUACUUUUAAAAAGACGAGGGGAUUAAAACAAUACAGCCUAUUGUGCUGAUAAUGCAUCAGUGAAUUUUGACAAAACCAAAGUGUUUUUACAGAAAUUAAGAAAAUGAACGACAGCAUAACACCAAUUGGUUGUGUAUGCUAUAUACAAACCUUUAAGAUACGAUAUUGAACUGAUUGUGAUUAAAUGCCACAAUUUUCCAGCAGCACGAAAAAAACUGAGGAACUCAAAGAUUUUUUUGAAUUUUGCGAUUAUGAGUGGAGCGAAUUGUUAAAAUCUGUGCUAACCAGGUGGCUUAGUCUUAUACCAGCAGCAGAAAGGCUUCUAAAGAAGUUUCAACCAGUAAAAUCUUAUUUUUUGUCAAUGAACUCACUACCAGCCAUUUUACAAAAUUUUUUUCAAGAUGAAUUUGCUGAGGCAUAUUUGGGAUUUUUAGUAAAUGUUGGUUCCACAUUGCAAACCACCAUUCAAAAAUUACAAUCAGAUAAAGCUUUAAUACUAGAACUUCAUGAAACAAUGAUCUUUUUAAGAAGAAGUCUACAAACUAAAUUCAAUCAAGAAUUUUAUGGAGCCAUAGCAAGAAAUAUAAUACUAGAACCUGAGAAUAGUGAUAAAAUUGUACAGUUCAAGAGACAGGCAAAUGCUUUCUUGGAAAGGACAAUAUCUUAUUUGGAAAAAUGGUACCAAUACAACAACAAUAGAUUUGAAAAUCUAUUUUGCAUGAUUUUAAAGAAAUCACAAAUCUUGUCUGUAGAAAAAUUUAUUAAAAUAUAAAAUAGACAUAGAUGAAUACAUGCUCUUUGAAGAGUUUAUCAGACUGAAAUAUUUUAUUGAAAAUAAUUUCAAUGAAGAGGAAGAUAUAAGUCAAAGAUGGAUGGCAUUUUUUAAAAACAAUUUUCCCGCAAAAAAUCUUGAAAAAAUAUGUAAUACAAUUUUAUCAAUUCCACAUUCAAAUGCGUUUCCUGAAAGAAUGUUUAAUGAAUGCCGCUUGGAGAAAGGAAAGAAAUAAAUUAGAUAUUAAGACUUUGGAGGCGGAGCUUAUGGUUAAAAAUAAUUUUAAAAUGAACUGCAGAGAGUUUUUGCUAUUUCUGAAAAGUGAGGAUGUGGGCGCAGAUGAUAUAGUAAAAAAGGUAUCAUCAUGUCAAAAAUAGGAAAAUUAAUUAAAUGGUGCUAAAGCUAAAUAAUGUCUAUUAUAGUGUUAUUUCAUGCUUAUGUUGUGUUUUAUAUUGUACUUAGGCGUUAAUUUUGUGUGAGAAAUACAGAGACAUUUAAGUACAUAUUUUUGUAGGUUUUUGUUUUCUAAUAAAAUUGAUAUUUUUCA